CACAAGUAAGGACCUGGGGCAAUAAUAAACCGGUUAAAACAGAGUCCUUUCGUUUUCAAGAUCAAGCGAUUGCAAAGAUGGCGACUGGCUCUGCUCUCGAACCUUUUCAGAAGCUUUUAAAUAAUCUUAACCACGAGCUAAACGAAAGAAACCUGGAGAGUCUAAUACACAUUUGUGGAAAAUAUAUUCCAGGAUGUCAACGAGAACGAAUCUUUAGUGGAUGGGAUGUGUUUAACAUUCUGCGCCAUCAGAACGUCAUCGGCAACGGGCGAGAACAGAUUCACAACUUGCUCGAGAUCAUCAAGGAAUUGAGGCCAAAAAGGAGAGAUUUAGUCUCCAUGGUCAAACAGUAUAUUCAAGAUUGUUAUGAGAAUCCAGAAACGAUACUGGAAGACCUUCAGUCCAGCUGGGAUUGCAAGCAAAUACAGCUUCCUUUAACAAGCUCACGAUCCUCACCACCGAUUCACGAUGACGAUUGUUGUCUUAUCCGAUGUUGCGGGUGCUCUUGUAAAUGUGAUUAUGGCAAUUCAUGCUGUAAUGCAUGUUGCAAUAUCUGUUGUAAUGCAUGUUGCAUGUGGUGCGGUGCCAUUUUGGGAGGUCUUUUCUUUCUCUUGGCCAUUGUGGCUGUUUUGGCGUGGUAUUCCAGCAUCCCAAGACUUACGAAGCUUUUGAUGUCAGACAAUGAGAUACAACAUGCAGGUCCCCUUGCGGUUGGCAGUUUAGCAUUCCUCGCGGUAAUCAGCAUUGCGUGUGCGAUUUGCGUGAAGUUCCGUUUGCGAAGAAAUGCCGGACAGUACAAAACAAUUCCAGACCUACCAAUAGCAUUCGGUUUUCAAGCAAGCUUGACCACAUCAGGGUCGAGAAGCACAAGUAGGUCCGGUGAUUCAUACCGACCAGCAGCGCCGAGGCGGAUUUACCGUCAAAGGUCCAGUGGUUCUUGGCAGUGCGCAGCUUCCAAUUCAAUAGCUUCUGGAGGUUCGAGAGUCUCUUCCCGUACUCCGCGGCGAUUUGACGAAACCGAUGCAGCUGUUCCAGAUGGCUUUCAAACGGACUCGUUUUGGUCUACGGGCAUGGAUGCAGAAGGAGAUGGCGACAUAGAAGAAGUGUGAUUAAAAUUACUGCUUUGAACUCCUUACUUGCUUGUGUCAAGAGAGUAGAGAUUCAAAGAUACAUUUUAUCAUGUGAACGCUUGUUUGACAGUUACCAAUUUCCUAGAAUGUAACUAGUUUGAUGAUUCAUGGAAGGGAUUCUAGUUGAUCAACUGUAAUUUCAUUUAGGGCGAGCAGAGCUGAAAUUCUCAGGCCCUGGAUGAUCCAGUUGUAGGAAUUACUGAGAUAAAUCGGUAUUCAAAACAACAAUAGAUGAUACAUAACUAUUGAAAAUCUUUUCUCUGCUAUAAAAUAGAUUUCAUUUUAAACGACCAAGCCUUGGUUGGAAAUCGACGUCGUUACCUAAGCCUUUAACUAGUUUUUAAAAUUGUCUAAUACAUAAAUUAAUAAGCGAUCAGAACUACAUAAAAAAUCUUAAAGGGAUACUAACUUAUUCGAUUGAGGAAGAACCAUGUCAUCAGAAAUGGGACAGUCUACGUUCAAAUAUGCUGCUAAGAAAGACAGGAACGAUAUCCCAAAAGGAUUAAGAGAACUCAGCUCCUUCUUUAGUUUUAACUGAAUAAGAUUUUUAGGUAUUUUUUAGAUUUAGACAUGAAGGAGUAUAAUUGUACUUCUCAUUCAUAUGUACAUAUCUUUUUUAUAGAUACAUAUUUUUAUCCAUAUAGAUACGAUUUUUCUGUUAUCUUAUUAUUUAGAUGUAGAUAAGUUUUUCAGGUACACAUUUUAUAACUAUAUUGGUGAUCACCAGUUUACACCAGCUGUUCACUCUGGGUUCAGCUAAUUGGUCCAUCAGGAUAAAUAUAGAUUUUUAUUUA